GCAACAAGUCCAGCAACAGAAACAAAAGAACAACGCACCAGACCACACCACACCAGAUCACGCAUAAAGAACAAAACAGCCAAAAUGCAAUUCCUCAGCCUUCUCACCACCGCCGCCCUGGCCGCCGCUCUUCCCCAGCCCCAAACCGCCACCACAGACCCCACCACCGGCCUCCCCACGGGUUACUACUGGUCCGUCUACGACUGGCAAGCCGGCUGCGCUUCUUCCGGCUGCUCCUACAACUUCAACGUCACGGGUGUUCAAGAUGGCCUCUACCCGGGCUUUCUCGCAUACUGCAACGGCUACGACACGGGCUUCUACGGGCAAUGUCAGAUUCUCAAUGCCACGUCGACGAGUGGAAUUCCCUUUGUGUCUGCGAGCUUGCAGCCCAGCAAGCAGGAUGGCGUGGCGAAGAUGAGCGUUAGCUUGGAGUUUGUGGAUUCGGCUUCGAAUAUCAAAUACAACAUCUCUGCUUUCGCUGAUGCGACUUACAAUGCUUUUGUCGCGCCUUUGCAAGACUUUACCGUUACCCCAAGUGUUGUUACCAAGAUUGCGUAGAAAAAGAGCGAAGGAAUGGGAAGAGAAGAGAAGAAAAGAAGGAAUGAAUUGAUUUAAUGUAAUGAGUUUAAGAUGCAAGCGAGUUUGUGUUGUGCGGAUGAGCGGCGGAUGAUGUACUACCUAAGGUACCUAUAUCAUGUGUAAACCCUUUCGAAUAAGACAGAUUUCUAUUCGACUCUCUCUCACACACACACUCUCUCUCUCUCUCUUAUAUUCCGCUAGCCGAUCU